GCAGCGGCGCGUCCGUCAUAGCGUCUCUGCUCAAGCCUUUCGCUGUCUCCGCCCCGCCCUACCUCGCCCUGAUCAUGCCGGCGGUGAAUGCCGCGCUCGCUGCCAUCCUCUCGGGGGCUGGCACCCCGCCAGAGUUCAAGGAAUGGCUCGAGAGCGAGACCCUCCUGGACCCAGCGGCCCUGGGGCUGAUGGCUGCCACCGAGGACCUGGUCGGCGCAGAGAUCAUCGAGGUCGCGAAGACGCCGGCGAGCUUGGACACGCUCGCCAAGAAGAUCGCCGUCAAAAAGGCAUGGAUGGCGUGCCGGGGCGUCGUGGAAAAGAGAUCCAACGUCGCCGCCGGCAGGGUGCGCGAGGAGGAGGGCGCGCCGUUGGGCCUGGAGGUGGUGAAGGACUUGGAGGCGCAAUGGGCCGCGCGGCAUCGGUGCGCCUUGCCUGGGCACUGGGCCCUGGUCCCGGCCCUCUUCGCACGCCGGUUCCGGGAGACAACGGCGAGCCCGAAACGUUUCGCGAUCGUUCUUCCCGAGACGGUGCGCACCAGGGCCUGCGUCGAGAAGACGUCCAAGGCGAUGAUGAUUCCGACGGGCGCAGGCGGGGCCGUGACUGUGGAGGAAAUCAUCGCGGACGAGGUCGGCAGCUACCGCGAGCUGUGGGCCCGGAUCCGCGCCGACUUCUCCACCUUGGCUUUGGUCUCGAUCGGGGGCGCGAGCUAUGUGGACUUCCAGGACAUCGAGACCUUCUGCGACCGCAUCCUGCAGUUCAUGCACCAGCGCUUCGACAAGAAAAUGGCCCCGGUGAGCUUCUACCGCAAGGCGUGCUUGGGCGCGACGCAGGUUUUCGUCGAGGCCGUGAUGCCGAACGGCCAGACGUUCAAAGCAGCCAUCGCGUCCACGGCUGCGCGGCAUCAUCCGUGGACCGUCUUCGCCGGCGAGGGCGCUGGGGGCGGCCCCUCCAGGGUCGCCGCCGCGCUCCCCGACGCGUCCGCGGACCUCCGCGAGGAGCUGCGCCGAACCCAGCAGAAGGCCGACGAUCUGAAGGCCAAGCAGGAACAAAAGGAGAAGUACGAGAGCGAGCUGAAGGCGCUCCGCAAGCAGAAGGACAACGGCGACAACAGGUACAACGGCGACGACAAGGAGAAGGCCAAGGGCACCGACAGCAAGCAUGGCAAGGGCGGCGACCGCGGAGCAUGGCAUGGCAAGCGCGGCCGCUGGCAUCGGGGCAUCGCGCCGGAGGUCGCCGCCGCUGUGUGGGCCAGCUUCCCCGCUGGUUGCCGCGACGUCGUCGUGGCCAGGCAGAAGGUCGCAGAGCUCUUGGUGGGGCCCGGCUUCCGCUGCGACGGGGCCGCUGGCAGAUCGUCCUUGUUGUGUUCCGCGGUGCGCGUGCGCCUGCCGCUUCCCCCCGGCACGGUGCGCGUGGGGCCCGGGUCUCCGGGCGGUCUUCCCAGGCCGGCGCGCUGGUGCAACCCUUCUGCUUUCUUGCUGCCCGAGCGCGAGGCGUGCCGGGAGUUCGUCGUCGACGUGCGGGGCCGGGCCGACCGCAGAGCGUUCUUCGGGCCCCUCUUCGGGAAACGCCUCCUGCGCGACAGCGGCGCCGAGCGCUGCCGCGGGCAGAUCCUCGUCGACAUGCGCGCCGCUGUCGAGGGCGACCUGGAGCAGGAGGGCGCGCACGUCGUGAAGCCGUCCGUCAGCACCUUCCCGUUGCACGACACAUGGCAGGGGCUAAUCUGGGCCAUGCGGGCGCUCACGAGGCGUUGUUUCUGGGGGCUGUUCGCGGGUGCCUUCGGCUUGUCGACGGCCUUCGUGGCGGAAGGGUGGUGCGUGGCCCCGCCGAUCGACGUCGUCUUGGACCCGUCGAACAACUUGCUCAACCCGAUGUUCGCCUCCGUCGUCUUGGGCCUGCUCCUGGAGGGCCGGGUCGCUGUCCUGCACAUGUCGCCUCCUGCUUGCGCGCCCCGCCUCGGGCCCGCCGCCGGGCGCUCCUUGCUGGGCGCGGCGGCGGAGGCCACCGCGAGCUUCGGAAGGGCGCAGCGCGAGGCGGAAGGGGCGUUCCAGGUCGAAGUUCCACUUGGGUCGGCACUGAUCUCGACGCAGGGUCUCAUGGAGCUUCUGGCCGAGACGAACGCGGCGGUCGUCCGGAGGGGCGCGUGCGUCGACGGCGCGCCCUGGAGACAGCCGACAUUGCUCAUCUCCGCCGACCGCCGCGCCCGCGCGCUGCAGGCCACGUGCCCCGGGGGCCGCGUGCACGAGAGGUUGCGCGGCAGGGCGCCUGACGGCCGGAAGUGGGCCUAUGUGGCUGCGGCCUUCUGGCCAGGAGUUGCGAGGAUCGUCGCCCAGCAUUGGGGGUACCUCCGCGAUGCCGACGUGGGGCUGUGCCAGCAGCGCGCUGCUGGAUGGAUCGACGCCUCUGGCGCGGACGUGCGUGAAGUUGUGCAAGCCUCAGGGUUCGUGCCCUCGGGGCGCCGCACGGCUGAUUCGGUUUCGCGCAAGGUGGCGGCGGCUGUGCAGCCGGUGCGCCGCGCUCUACCCCGGCUGGUUCCGGGCGGUCUGUCCCCAGACGCUCGCGUGGCGGUGGCGCUCCGCGCCCCCCAUCUCCACGCGCGGCCUCCCGCGUUGCCGAUGCAAAUUGAGUGCGCGAGGAAGUGCCGGAGCCGCGACGACGAGGACGUCAUCGACCAGCGGUGCGCCAUGGACGAGGCCCCGGAGUGUCUGGCCGGCGCCGUGCGGCACGAAGACGAGAAGAUUAUGCCGUUCCUCCACCCAUGGCUGCGGCCGGCCUUGGGCCGGCGGUCUCUGGCCUUCACUCGGGAGGCCCGGGCCAACAGAAACCAACAUAUCUUCAAGUCUACGCGGUCUUCUGGAGACGAUACGCUGGACAGGGAGGCUUGGGGAAAAACGAAGGAGGAAUUCGAGCAGGGCGUCCUGUUAGGGCCGUUUGACGCCGAGGCCGACGUGCCCGCGGAUUUCUGCUGCUUCGUUCGCCGGUUCCUUUUGUGGGAACGCCGCGGUGGUGCGGCGGAACCGAGCUGCCCGGUCAUCGACGACGUGCUGGAGGGCGGCCAGAACGAUGCCGCAGGUACAUCCGAUACGCACGUGCCUUCGGACCUGCAUAUGUGGGCCACUCAGAUCCGUGAGAGGUUCGGCGAGGCUCUCCUCGGGCACGCCUCCGACUUUGCGAAUGCCUACCGCCAGCAGACGGCCGACCCGGCGACGGCGCACUUCAAUUGCAUCGAUGUCUACGACCUGGAGCGCCGCCGGCCUGUGCUGGCACUCCCUGUGGCCCAGAUGUUCGGCGGCAAGAACUCCCCGUUGAACUUUGCACGGAUUCCAAUGUGGUGCGUGGAGUGCAACGCCUUGUUGUUCGGUGCGGCUUACACGCAUUGCGUCGACGACAUGCUGAACGUCGAAAGGGCGACAACCGCGUGGAGCUGCUGGAGGUCGUGGCGGAACUUCGCGCAGCUGUGCGGCUGGGUCGCGCCGGGCGUGAAGUCCCCGCCGCCGUCAGCCGAGCUACGCGUGUUGGGAGCUUGGACCGACCUGCGGCCGGCGCCGGGCGGCAGCCCUCUUAUCAAGAUCACGGAUGAGAGGGCGCAGGAGCUGCGGAAUGAUAUUUUUGAUAUUCUUCGCAGCUGGCGGCUCCGCUCCGGGCGUGCGUCUCGCCUGGUGGGCCGCCUCGGGUUCGCAUCGACGCAGCUGUUCGGCAGGUGCGGCCGGGCACAGCUGCGGUUCUUUGUCCGCAGAGCUCACGAGCCAGGCCGGGCGGAGCUGCGCCCUCGCGAGGUCCUCACCGACCCGUCUUCCCUCGACUGGGUUCUCUCGUAUUCAUACGGGGAGGGCAGCGAGGCUGGCAUCGGCGUGGUGCUCUGGAGCAGCCGUCUGCCAGUGCCGGAGGCGGGGCGCAUUCUCCGCCACCUGUGGCGCCCGACCCUGGACACGGACCCCCUGGCCACCGACAUCUGCGAAGUGGAGGCGCUCAGGCCGAUCCUCGUCCUCGAAAACUGGCCGGGGGUGAUGCAGGGGUCGUUGUGGUUGCGUUUCAUCGACAACGAGGGCGCCCUGAACUGCCUUGUGAAAGGCGCUUCGUCGGUAUUGGCCGGAGAAGUGAUCACUGGCAUGACGUGGGCCCGCAUUGCCAGCUUGAAGGUGUGGGCGUGGUUUGACAGGGUUGCCGCGGAGGACGGGCGCGGGAUCGCCUCCGCGAAAAGAUGCCGGGUGUAG